UCGAUUUUCUCGGUGCCUCUCAAGUCCCAAAUACUUCUUAUCUUCUUUUUUUCUCCUCUUGCCAUUCUUUUAUUGCUUCUAGAGUUUAGUGGUCAAGAAGCUUCCUCGUGUUUGUCUCUGUAUGCAAUCAAAGGUUGCAUUUUUUUCGGAUGUAUAUCUGAUUUUGGUGUUUUCUGUCAUAGGGUCUUUUAAAAAUCUUUACUUUCUUUGUAAUUUCUUUGCUUUUUCGACUCUUGCUAAGAGUUUUUUUUGGGAUGAGAUCAUGAAAUGGUUGGCGCUGGAGUUAUGAAGUAUUGGAGAAACCGGUGGAGUUAUCGGAUACUUGGCUGUGUAUUUGGUAAUUUCCGGUUAGCUUUUGGUGGAUGAUUUUGAUCAAAUCAAAUAUGGAGGGUUCUUCAGAAUCUAAUUCCAGAGGAUUGAACACCUCUGGGGUUUCAGAGUUCUUACCAACUGAGAGAAUGAUUACAGAUCGUUCUAAGUCCUUUUCUCACAUUGGUCAUGUUAGAAGCUUACUUGGUUCACACAUGGAAGAUAACUUGAGACUUGAUAAUGACUCUAUUGUGAGAGCUUUCGAAUCUGAGGAUGUUAGCUUGCGUCAGUGGCUAGACAUUCCAGACCGAUCCGUUGAUGCUUUCGAGUGUUUUCACGUUUUCAGACAAAUCGUUGAGAUUGUGAAUGUAGCUCACUCUCAAGGCAUUGUUGUUCAUAAUGUCAGGCCAUCUUGUUUUGUUAUGUCUUCAUUUAACCAUGUUUCGUUUAUUGAAUCCGCUUCUUGUUCGGAUUCCGGGUCUGAUGAGGAAAGUCCAAAGGAAAGAACAACAAAGUCUCAAGAGAUAAUUCGUAGCUCGAGAAAAGGGGAGUUUCAAGAGAAGAAACAACCUUUUCCUAUGAAACAGAUCUUAGCAAUGGAGAUGAGUUGGUAUACAAGUCCUGAAGAAGAUAAUAGUUCUUCUGAUACUUGUGCUUCUGAUGUUUAUCGUCUUGGUGUUCUUCUCUUUGAGCUAUUUUGCCCUGUCUCCUCCAGAGAAGAGAAGUCAAGGACUAUGUCUAAUUUAAGACAUCGUGUUCUUCCACCUCAGAUAUUGCUCAAUUGUCCUAAAGAAGCUUCCUUUUGCUUGUGGUUACUGCAUCCCGAGCCUAGCUAUCGACCAUCGAUGAGUGAAUUGCUACAAAGUGAGUUUAUCAACGAACCUAGAGAGAAUUUGGAAGAACGUGAAGCUGCAAUAGAGCUACGGGAUAGAAUCGAGGAACAGGACUUACUGCUUGAGUUCUUGAUGCUGAUUCAACAAAGAAAGGAUGAAGUUGCAGGCAAAUUGCGGGAUACGAUUUCGCUUCUUUCUUCCGACAUUGAUCAAGUCGUAAAGCGACAGUUGGUUUUGAAGCAAAAAGGGAAUGAUGUCCAUUCGUUCUUGGUCUCAAGAAAACGGAUUAGACAAGGAGUUGAGGGAGUUGCAACAGAGGAAAAUGAGGAUAAUACCAUUGAUGAGGAACCUAAGCUUGAUGAAACUCUGGGAAGCACGCUUCUUGAAAGCUCUAGGUUAAUGAGAAAUCUCAAGAAACUGGAAUCAGUCUACUUUGCAACAAGAUACAGACAAAUCAAGGCUGCUUCUGAAAAACCGUUGGCUAGAUAUUAUUCUGCAUUGAGUAGUGAUGGUAGAACGUCAGAGAAAAGUUCAGUAAGCAACCCGACACAACAACUCAAAGAUCCCAUCAAUGAAUCGAGACAAGGCGGGUGGAUCGAUCCAUUUUUAGAGGGUUUGUGCAAGUAUUUAACUUUCAGUAAGCUAAGAGUGAAAGCGGAUUUGAAGCAAGGAGAUUUGUUGAACUCAUCCAACCUCAUAUGCGCAAUUGGUUUUGACCGUGAUGGGGAGUUUUUCGCCACGGCUGGUGUCAACAAGAAAAUCAAGAUAUUUGAAUGUGAGUCGAUAAUAAACGAUGGCCGUGACAUUCACUACCCGGUGGUGGAACUAGCCUGCCGGUCUAAGCUAAGUGGUAUAUGUUGGAACAGCUAUAUCAAAAGCCAAAUUGCGUCAAGUAACUUUGAAGGCGUGGUUCAGGUGUGGGAUGUUGCAAGAAGCCAAUUGGUUACAGAGAUGAAGGAGCACGAGAAACGUGUAUGGUCCAUCGACAUUCCAUCAGCAGAUCCAACAUUGUUAGCCAGCGGUAGCGAUGAUGGUUCUGUUAAGCUAUGGAGUAUCAAUCAGGGGAUGAGUAUUGGAACCAUCAAGACAAAGGCAAAUGUAUGUUGUGUCCAGUUUCCGUCAGACUCGGGUCGGUCUAUAGCAUUCGGUUCAGCAGAUCACAAAGUUUACUACUAUGAUUUAAGACACCCCAAGCUUCCACUUUGCACAAUGAUGGGUCACACCAAGACCGUGAGUUAUGUCAGGUUUGUAGAUUCAUCAACACUUGUGUCUUCUUCGACGGAUAACACGCUGAAGUUAUGGGACUUAUCGAUGUCUAAUUCCUGUGUUAAUGAAAAGCCUGUUCACUCAUUCAUGGGACACACUAAUGUAAAGAACUUUGUUGGAUUAUCGGUCUCUGACGGGUAUAUAGCUACAGGCUCGGAGACUAAUGAGGUUUUUGUGUACCACAAGGCAUUUCCAAUGCCGGUUUUGUCAUACAAUUUCAAAACUAUAGACCCUGUGUCUGGGCUCGAAAUAGACGAUGCAUCGCAGUUCAUAUCAUCCGUCUGCUGGCGCGGACAUUCUUCCACCAUAGUCGCAGCAAACUCCACCGGCAACAUCAAGAUUCUGGAGAUGGUAUGAACAAAUGUGACUCAGGGGCAAAAUGGUAUUUUCCAGAGAUUUCUCAUUCUUGAUUUUGAGUGAUAUAGGAAACAAUUUUGGGAGAGGGAGAGAGAGUAGGAAAUUUGUUGUUAUUAUAGAAGUGUGUAUAUAGAAGAAUAUGUGAUCUUUGUAUCUGUAUAGAACUUAUUGUAAGCCCCAAUGAAACCACUAGGUCACUUGAGAUACAAGUAAUCUUUAA